CGGUGGAAUCGUCAGUUCAGCAUCGUUCGAUCUUCAACAAUGCAUCCUAAAGCUUGUUUCGCCCUUUUUGUGCUCGGUUUGGCGUUGGCCUACGCCAUUCCAGCAUCAAGGAUCGAGAAGAAGUCGGUGAACGACGAGCCAGCCUUCAGCGAGGACCUGAAGGCCGAGGAACUCGGCGACGACAAGGAGCGAGCGAAGAAGUCGACGUUCUGCAUGGAGAUCAAGGACAAGGGCGCUCAAGCUGGACAACUCGGAACUGUUCAAACUAUGAACCUGGUACCGCAGGUGCAUGGAGGGCAACAUGUGCAUGGAGCGCAACACGUGCAUGGAGGGCAACAGAUGCAGGCGUUCAGCAAGCCAACGGCCCAGCAGUCGGUGCAGACCUACAGCAUCCCAUCAGGCCAGCAGUCGGUGCAGACGUUCAACAUCCCAUCAGCCCAGCAGACAGUGCAGCCAGCGUCGUCAGUGCAGACGUUCAACGUCCCAUCAGCCCAGCAGACAGUGCAACCAGCGUCGUCAGUGCAAACGUACAACAUCCCAUCAGCCCAGCAGAAUGUGCAGCCAGUGCAGGCCUACAGCAUCCCAUCAGCCCAGCAGCAAGUCCAGACCAUGAGCGUGUUCCACACUCAAUCUCAACAAGCUGCACCUCAGACAGUAGUGAUUCCCCAGCCAGUCCAACCGAUCCACACCCUGCAGAUCAUCCAACCAUCUCAGCCAUGCCCACAACCCAGCGUCAACAUCCAGUACCAGCAGCCUCCAACCAAGGAAGUAGAGACCGUCGUGGUGAACAACGAACCAGAGCCUACCCCAGCCCCAAUGCCUCAGACGACUCCUCAGCCACCAGCGAAGAUCAUCAAACCCCACUAUAUAACGAAGACAGUAAUGGUCCCACAUCUAGAUGAGGUUGACGUGAGCUGCGUCCCUAUGGCGCCUGUCUACAAGGAGCAGAUGGUCGUGAAACCCAUGUACAUGAUGUCCGAACCGCAGAAAAUGGCUACCGUGCUCAAAGUGCCGCACUGCCCUCACUCCCAUUCGUCAUCCGUCGUCCAAUGCGACUGCAGACCCACCAGCAUGUCCGUCGAGCCGAUGAGCAUCAUGUCCAUACAGAGGCGCAACAUGAUGGGCGGGCAUACUCUGGUGCCCCGGCAAGCAGACGCGACCGAGGAGAAGAAGGCCUAACCUAUCAAUUCUAGAGGCUGAGGGUAGAGGACAUCUUUAAAAAUUCAAGAUAAAUAUUAUAAUGUUAACUCCUCCUUGCUCGCCUUUAAAUAUUGUUAAAUAUCAAUAAAAGUACCGAGAAACAA